ACCCCGCAGCAAGGUGCUCUAUAAUCGAAUAUGAUGUCAUCCUUUGUGAGAAGGGGAAAAGCGGAGUAAACUAAUAUUACUGGAAUGAUUUAAGAUGCCGGGACAGCAGAAAAGAGCAGAGUCUUUCGAAGCUGAGAGAAUCAACUUGGAUUAAUGACAAAGGAAGAUAGAAAAAUUGUAUAUACUUUAUGCCCAGAGGGAAACGUGAAGCAAGUGGCGGAUAAUUCGUGUUAAUCACCAAGUACUGUGGAAUACUGAUAUGAUAACGACUGCUGCUCCCCUUUGGCCGGCCGGGCAUGAAGAAACAAGAACUCAUUGCUGUGUUACCUGCUCUCUAGCUGCGGGAAGACGAGUUCACAAGCACGACAGUGGCUGGGCGUGGCUGGUGGGUGUGUGUGGCUGUCUUUGUAACGUGUUUACUCUGGGCUGUUCGUAUAGUUUUGGUGUCAUAUAUCCGUCACUUUUGGACGAGUUCAAGCGAGGCAAAGCUCAAACAGCGUGGAUUGGCUCCCUUUGCAUGUCCUUGACUUUCUUCUUCGGCCCACUGGCGGGAAAACUCUGCGAUCGUUUUGGCCCCAGAGCUGUCACAAUCAUUGGUGCCUUGGUGUCUGUGAUCGGACUUGUUGCGACUUCUCAGGCUCGGAAUAUAUUCGUGAUAUACUUGACAUACAGCACCAUAUUUGCUUUUGGAGGUUGUUGUAUCUACACCAGCGUAUUUGUCAUUGUGCCCAAGUAUUUUUUGAAAUACCGUUCAUUAGCAACUGGAAUGAUUGCGGCGGGGCCUGGAGCCGGCACAUUCGUAAUGAGCCCUAUUUUAGCACGCUCUAUAGAGGAGCUUGGAUGGCGUGGGGCAUUUUUCGUAAUGGCUGGUAUCAUCGCAUCUGUUUGUCUCCUUGGUUGUGCAUUUGAUCCCAACGCUCCGACGAAUCCUGCCGAACGAGACGUACAUCGUGAGUUUGAGCAAGGCGACAAGAAAAAAAAACAUUUGUCACGUAAUCCUUCAUAUUUGCUAUUGGUUUUCGUUACAACUAUUGUGAUUUUAGGAAAUUCAGUUCCUCAAGUCCACAUGGCUCGCUUCUGUGAAGAGAAAGGCAUUAGUCUACAAGUCGCCUCGACGCUCUACCUAGUGCUUGGACUGUGCUCAGUUUUCGCCAGAAUUUUAGUCGGUCGCAUAUGUGAUUAUAAAUUCGUUGAUCAGCGAUUUGUCUACCAAGGAUGCCUGUUUGUUCUUGGUUUUUCAACUCUACUCUGUCCAUUGGCAAAUAGCUUCCCGACUGUGCUCGUUUAUUUCAUAGCAUUUGGUUUGUUUGACGGUGGGCAAUCGACUGUGGCAAAUGUGUUGGUGUUAACCUCUGUACAAGAACGACAGAAGGCUCGUGCUUUUGGAUUGUGGCUGUUUUGUCUGUCAAUCAUAAUGGCUUGUGGACCGCCCCUUGCAGGUUACAUUGCGGACUCCACGGGUUCAUACGCGCCUGCAUUCUAUUUGGCAGGCGGUAGCAUCAUAACUGGUGCCAGCGCUUUCUUCGUAAUGUACUUCCUAAAAAGAAACUCGGAGGAGAUGGAAUUGCAAACCGAGCUUGUUGUAAUAGAAAAAGUUACAGUUGUGUGACAUGUAAGGUUUUUACAAAAAAAAUAGUUGCUGCACUGACUGAGGGCUAAUUUCUUGCCAAAUGGCAGUGAACUUAUCAACCCUCUUUCCGUUGAGUUAUAGUUCAUUAUGGUUACACUAUAGUACGUUCACUAUAUCACACAACGCUCUUCCUUAGGGAAGAGCGUUGUGUGAUAUCCCAAACUACGGCUGGUAAUGAGACUAUGGCCAGCCCAAAGUUUUAAAAGUAUUAUUGUUGGCAACCGUCUGUCUCGGAAGACAAUGGAAAUCUGCACCUAAGAAGUAGAAUCACGUCAAGCUGCACCGCCGGCGCAUGGUAUAAGCGAUGUGAUGAACCUGUCGAUUAUUGGCUGCCAGUGAAGCGAAAAUUAACUUCUGCUUACUCUAUACCUUCAAGGAAUGAUUUAACUGAUUUUGAGGAAAGUGGCGCCAUGUUUUCUUGUGAUAAGAAUUCGGUCUAUAUGAGGAUGGAGUUCGUAACCCACCUGGGCAUAGUUUUUUAUCGCCGGGUUUUUUUUACCUUUAAGAUGCCGAAAAUUGCGAUGUUUCAUCAUGUUUUGCACUAAAUGCAAAUUAGGGUCGAAUACUGACAUGGCUAACUUUUCUUGCUCCAAAACAAAAACAUCCAAUUGAAAAGAAAAGUGAUUUUGCUCCACAUCUGGAGGUUAGACACGUUCUUAAGUGGACUAAUUACUGGGAUACCUGUGGUAGCCCAGUCAUAAA